AUUAACACCAGGUCCAUUUAAUAUAUUUGUGGUCUACAGAACUUCAUUCGCUUUGUUUCACCCCAAUAUGUAAACCCAAAGUGUGUAGUUUAUAACCUUUUUUCCUAAUUCACCUAGUACAAUCACACGCUGUUGUACUACUAGCAGGCACUUCAUUACCCAAUCGCUGGAAUUUUGUAGGAUCAGUUUCGUUUCUUUCUCAUUAGUGAUUGAGCACUACCACUGGUAGUAGUCUGUUUAAGUAGUUCAUUUUUGAAUUUUUUGUGUUUCCUUUUCCAACCUUUACUCUGCCGCUGUAAGUACAUACUACUUUGUCUUGCAGUUGUUGCACCACUAGAUUAUCACGAUGGGCAACCUCAUCUCUUACUCCGCCGCCUCCUCUCCACAGGAGCAGGUGUUUCGCAUGCGCGAAGCCGCCGGGGAGCGAUUCGAUAGCCAAAACGUCGAGGUCCCGCGGAACAAACUGCUCCAACCUUUUGACGACCAAUUCUACACAGGUGUGAAGCAGAUCGCCGCCGCGAGUCUGGCGGCCAGCACGGCGUCCGUGAUUCUGAACCCGUUUGAUGUGGUAAAAGUCCGGCUUCAGGUGCAAAACCAGCUGCAGAUGAACAAUCAGAUGAACAACAUCAACGGCUAUCAAAUUACAACUCCAAAAUACUACAAAUCCACACUCCAUGCCUUGCAGCGCAUCGCCAUUGAGGAUGGGGUGAUUCACGGGCUGUGGCUCCCCGGGCUCACCGCCAGCGUCUGUCGGGAUGUGAUCAACGGGGGUCUGCGGGUGGGGAUCUACCCGAUGGUGAAAGACCUACUUCACGAUCAGUUCCACGACCCAACAGGGCGGACCGAAUCCCCCACCAUCGCGUUUCUGUCCGGGAUCCUCACCGGAAUGUUCGGGUCGUUUUGCGCAAACCCGUUUGAUUUGAUCAAAGUGCGCUUCCAAGUGGAAAACGGCAGGCUGGAAAGGUGUGAUCCGAAACCGAGGGACCAGAAGAUGACGAGCGGUUUCGGGUCAUUUGGCGAGAAAGGGACGAAUGGGAAGAAAAAUGUGAAUGUUGAAAAAAUCAAUUUGAAGAUGAAAGCGGCAUACCCGAGCUAUCCGUACAAUCCUCCCCCGAGCUUGAAGACGAUUUAUGAGAGUGUGAACCAACAUGGUGGACAAGAAAUAGUCGGAACGAUGAACCAGGGAGGCGGGCUUGGUUUCAGUUCCGAAGGCAACGCAGCCGGAGGUGGGAGCAGUACUAGUUCUAGCAAUGCUUCACCCGCCGGUCACGGGAGUGGCAGUGGCGCAGCUCGCUCUACAACUACCGGUAAGAUGAAAUACGAUUUACGCUGGUACUCCACGCUGACGAGCAGGUCAAAACCAAGGCUAGACGCAGCUCCGAAGAACCACAAGCCUCGCCCUGUGUCCACCGCUACGACAACAUCCUUUCUCCGCAAUCUUCUUCCGAAAUCGAAGCAGGAAAAAGCCGCGGAGUUUUUCCUUCACGAGCAACAAACUAUGGUGUUCUCAAACGUUAUAUUCUCAACUGUUACAUGAAAUUUGUAAUGCAAGAAUGGUAAAAGUGCAAGGGAAAAGGUUGCGCCUUUUGCAUUAGAGUUUUGGAGCAGAUUGUAAUGCUAUCUAGCGCGUCGAGAACUUGUCAUGCGAAGCAGCUUGGUCAUGUAGAUGCUGGCGCCAAUUUUGCAUGACAAAUUCAUGCAACAGUUGAGAAUGUAACGUCUGAGAGUCCCAUACAAACGGCGAGGUACGUGUACACCACCGGGCUCUACCAGGGAUCCGAACCCCAGUUCAAAAACACGCUGGAAGCGUUUCAGGGCCUGCAAGCCGACAAGUUGUUGUUCCGUGGGGUGAUGCCCAACAUGCUCCGGGCGUCGAUAGUGACCGCGGCGCAGAUCACCAGCUACGAUUGGUCGAAGAAGUACCUGAUCCACGAGAAGCAGAUGGACCAAAACUGGCAGUUGUUCACGCUUUGCGGGUUGAUUUCCGGGUUUUGCUCCUCGGUUCUAUCCACGCCGGUGGACCUGGUCAAGACGCGCGUGAUGAACGACCGCCCGAUAGGGCUGCUGCUCGGCCAGGAGAGGGAAGGGUACCAGUUUCGGUCGACGAAAAAGUGCUUCUUCGCGACGGUGAACAAGGAGGGGGUUUUGGCGCUGUACAAGGGCUUCGCCGCGACCUUUUUGCGGCUGGGCCCGCACUUCAUGCUCGGGUGGCCGCUCUUGGAGUUUUUCAGAACCCGCGUGUUCGGAUUGGACUACUUUUGACAAGAUAGAUUUGCUGGAACUUAUGAUGGAAGUGGUUUUGAACCGUGUGGAGGAGGAUAGGAUAAGACUUGUGAAGUUGCUCUAGCGCACGGCGUAAAGAAUAUUUGAGCUCGAAGCUGCGCAGCCGUAUCGGUAUCUUGUUCUUCGGUGCAGCGGCAGCCGCGUUUUUAAUACACACUGUUUCCGUGAAUGAUGAUGAAAAGCGUGCAAGUCAGAGAAGAAAAGUUUCGCUGAAAUAUGGCGAAAAAAAGCUCGCCCAUCAUAUAAU